UGUUUUUGCAUAUUAAAAAACAGCGUGUCGUCUCGUCUAUAUAUUAGUUAGUAACGAGACCUCAUCUAGACAAGUGUUUUUUGUUAUAAUUUGAUAAAACGUCGUAAAAGAAAAAAAAAUGAAAUCGAUUCACGGUUCGAUAUUGAUGUUGUCGCUGAUUGUUUGGGCAGAUGUGAAUGGACAAAUAAUUUCACCGUAUCAAGCUUCCAUUCGCUUGUAUGACAAUUUUUUACCGAGUGGCAGCGAUAAUAUCAAUCUCUGUAACGGGGCAAUCAUCCAUGAAAGUUAUGUUCUAACGACUGCCGAUUGCAUGCAUUCUCGGAUACGUUCUGCUAAUCUAAGUCGUCCAUACAAUCCGUCAAUGAUUUACGUUGCAGCAGGAUCCUUUGCGGCUAAUCCAACGAAUACGCGUUAUGUUGACUCAAUUACAAUCCACGAAAAUUACAACCCUGACACGCUGGCGAAUGAUAUCGCUUUGGUGAAGGUCAACGAGCCGUUCCCACUGAGAAAUAACCUUGUAAUUCAGUGGAUUGCCUUAGACGUUAAGAAUGCCAGAUACGACAACUGCUUCAUCAGUUUUCAGAAUCAAACGUCGACACGCUACCCAUAUACAUCACCUCAGGCAAUUUAUGUUAUGGACAAUUGGUUUUGUAACAAGGGGGCGAUCGAAACCAAUUCUACCGAACGAUUUAGUGACAUCUGUUCUCACUAUCUCUUUAACGACAGCGGAAUGUGCAAGCUCCAGCCAACCCAAUUUCAAAUUAGCAGUGACAGAGGAACUCCGCUAGUCUGCAACAACCAUGUCACCGGACUGUUAUCUCAAAUUCAGCCACCGAGAAAUGAUUCCAACACAUCCGCUUCAUGUGAAACGACAUUGAAAACCUGGGCAUUCUACACGAAAGUCUCCGAUUUCACUGAAUGGAUUCAUCUGAACAUUGCUCGGCAACAGCCGACCGCAGCACCUGGACAGCAACCCGUCACUUAUCCUCCAUAUUACACUCCACCUCAGUCCACCACCCAACAACAACCACACGGUGACAAGCCUAAAGGAAACAACGCUAGCAGUUUAGCGAAGUCAGUGUCAACUGUUCUAGCUUGUUUAUGGAUCGUUUUUAAUUUUUUAAUUUAUUAAAUCGAUGAAUGCUGGGGCGUGGUUAUGUCUGCCUGUGUUGAAUGUAUUAUUAAGUUUAAUAAAUUAAUAAAAAGAAGAUAAUGUUUGCCAGAUAAAGCAUA